UACACAAAAUGCAUGUUUUCCAUACAAGUGAUUAUCAAAUGUAUGUUUGAAAUGAUUCGAACGUGUUCGAUUGAAGAUAAGACUUAUCUAUUGAUAACAUUCCAAACACGUCGAUAACUCAGUGCAGCGUCGAAUUAACAACAAGAACAUAUUAAUUAAAAUAUCUCUUGCUUUUUUAUGUUAUUGUGAAUGCUAUGGCUAGUGAUAUAACGAGGGGAAGAGACAACCCAUCUGUGACGCAAGAUGACGGAUCUUAUUUGAGAACUUCUUCAGAACGAAUAAUAAGCAAUCAACCACAGUCAAAUAGUAACAGGAACAGUCAUCCUCGUGCACAGCUAUCGGUGUCUACAGAAGCAUGGAACACCCGCAACGUGUCUCCAUUAAGACCCAUGCAUGGUCUGGACUUUCUCACAGGAGUCUCAACAUUACACAUACAGCAGACAGUUGAUAUAUCUCACUUAACAUCCAACAUUAAAUCGGAAAAUCUGUACACAAUUAAAAUACCAAAUGGCCUUACACUGUAUCUCGCGAGUGAAACAUCGACGAAGACUCAAAGGCUUUUGUGUGGCGUCGGACGGGCCUUUACCAUGCAGAUUCAUGACAACACCAGACAAAGUGUAAUGCAAAUGGAGAGGAGGUUAGCAGCUGCCUCCUGCUGCUUUCCAUGUAGACUUCAGGAGAUGCAAGUAAUAACACCGCCAGGUAACUACAUAGGUCGUGUACAGCAGCAAUGGACCUGGAUGGUUCCCUUCUACCUCGUGAGAAAUGUUAAUGACGAAGUCAUAUACGUCAUUGAAGGUCCUUCAAGCAUCGACAAUCGGAAUAUGAUCCUUGGGCAUUUUAAGAUACUAUCGAGUGAUUUUUUAAGAGAAGUUGGCAAAAUAUCACAUAGGUGGGAGGGGGACGUGAAUAGUUUUGUAACGGCGAUAGAAUUUCCACACUGUGCCUCAGACCCGAAACACAAAGCCCUUCUUCUUGCUGCUACAUUUUUAUUGGAGUACACGUAUUUCGAGAGGGCAAAAACAAGUUGUCUGCGGUUUAAUUGUUGUUGAAGUGCCAAGAUGUUUUGUACACAAAUUAUAAGUUAUUUGAUUAAUUGAUUUUGUAGGACUUUACGUAUUAAUAGCUUAGUUGCUAAUAUAUUUGUA